AUGGCUUCUCAGUUUCAGUCCCAGGUCCUCGAAAAUGGCCAGUGGGUUACGAGGACCUCGAACGUCAACGACGUCUUGAGCAAGCCCGCCACGAAGCCGGCCAAGCAAAAACAACCUCCACCCCAAUGUGGGAUCAUGACCAGGACUUUGGUCGAAAGCCCGGUUGCUCAUUGGAUCCUCCCCGUGCGACUUCGUUCCCCUCAGCACAAUGAUAUCGCAAUAGUAGGCGACCACUACGUGCAAAUCUCAGAGCUUCAGGACGACUUGCAGCUCCACAGCGUUGCGAAGAAGAAGGACUUCGGGUCGCGAAUUCGCAAUGCCAAGGUCAUUGGCACUUUCAAUCGCGAUGAUAUUGACGCCAGCAGGUUCCAAGCUAGUCGGUCUCACAGGCAACAGGACGAUGAUAUUGACGUGGGAAUGUCCGAGGUUUCCACCCAAGUAUCACCCCCAAACCCGCCGCACCUACCUCCUCAGCUACUCCUGAUCGUCUUAGAGACAGGCGACUGCAUCUUCCUUUUCCUGCGGUCUGCAAGAGAUGGCUCUUUCGAGUUUUCUGCGUUACAACACGAACUCGACACUACGCGCCUCGUUCGCCCCGGUUUCCAUUUGGCAGUCGAUCCGAGCUCGAGGGAACAGGUCGUCAGGCUCAGUCAGAUCCCAAACUGGUCGCCUACUGUCGAUUUCGUGACAACGAACGAGUCUCGGCGCUGGGAUGACCAUAACGGCGCGACAGGGAAGACCCGGACAGGCUUGGAAAGGGACGCUGAUGCUCUGCCGUCUGGCUUCUUCAAGCCCGAUAGAAUAUUUGCUGCGGCCGGAAGAGGACGAAACGGUUCGAUAGUGGAAUACCGACAUGGCCUGCGAGCAAAUAUCGGCAUAGAUUUCGACUUCGGCACAGUGGUCAAACGAUGCUUCAUGCUUCCAGCCAACGUGUCUGCACCGGAUUACGGCCAUCACUUGCUGAUAUCGCUGCCUGGCAGGUCUGCCCUCCUGCGUUUCGACCCGGAUUUCUCCGCAACGUUUGACGUAGAUCCCGACGAAACUCUAUACGACACAUCUUCACCAACCCUUACGGCAAAGCGUGUCUCUGAGGACUUCAUCGUUCAGGUCACAGAAAACGGCAUCGUCCUCAUAAAUUCCGCUAUAUACCUGGACUUAUACAGCAUACAGGAUAAGGAGCACGUGAAAACCAUUCCUAUCCAAUCUCUUGCCGAAAGUCUAUCGCCAGAUGAUUUCCAAAGGGGCAUAGUAAACAGUAUCGAACCUUUCACAAGCAUCGUGCCAGUACUGGAUGACCCUGGAAACAGUGUUAUCAUUGCUGGGAGCCGGGACGGGGCAUUGCUGACUCUCGGUCUUGAUGUUGGUUGCGAGGUGGCAUCAGUGUCUCUGGAGAGGGUGGGCUCUGUGCCAGCUUACGUUUAUGAGGCUUUCUAUGGAUCGGCGUUUGUUUGCUGCGAUUCGAGCUUCACGCUUAUUGGCGACUUUCAAGGAGGUACACGAGGAUUUGCCAAGAAACAAAGUGUCUGGACUGUGGAUGCGAACGACAGCAGCAAGCUCGCUCCCAGCAUUACCUCUGUUGUGGUGUUGCAGGAGAGCCUGUCUGGCAACGUCGCCAACACGCCGCUUCUGCUUCUCGCCACAGAUCACGUUCUGCUUGCUGAGUUGCAACCGGAAUUAGGACCUGUCCAGCGACAGAUGCCUCUGGGCAUGACACCCCAGAAACUGCUUUAUUCGCACGUCCUGAAGUGUCUGGUCGUGGGCGCAAGAACGCUGGAUGACAGGCCCACGCUGAGGCUCAUCGACCCUGACACCGGUGAAGACCUCUCUCUUCCUUUGCAUGGCCAGACGAGAGAGCCAGCUGACUUCAUAAGUGGGCUGGGGAAACCGGGAGACCGGAUUCACUGCCUAGAUGAGUGGCAUAUUGAGUCAAAGAACAAGAAUUUCUACUUCAUUCUGGUGGGCACGAACGGGGGCCCAUCAGAUGGAGGCAGGGUCCUGAUUGUUUCUCCGCAAAUAGAGAGGCCAGCACAAGGGGAAAGCCGUGGAAGGAUAUCGUUUUGGACUCGGCACAGGAUAAAAGGGCCAAAAGAACCUGUUUACGCCGUAACCGCCACCGGUCGCAAGAUUCAAGCCACAUUUCACUCGGAACUCGUCUACUACAGAUUGGACGAGGGAGAGAAGAAGCUCACACAGGUUUCCACCACACAGCUGGACUCGGAGGCCUGGAAGCUGAGCAUUCUCCCCGACUCGCCGCACACCCUGGCACUGACGAGGCGCGACUCUCUCUGGGUGCUCGAAGAAGCCGAAAACGCGGCCGACGGCUUCGAAGUACGCCAUGUCGACCCUUUCACCCCACACGGGCUGGACAUGCUCGAGGUAGCCGGAAACUGGCCCCCGCCGCCGCAAUCGGGCCUGCCAUCAGAGCCACCGCCGUCGAUCGUGCUCAUAGCGGACCAGGAAUGCGGCCUCAACGGGCUCUGGAUACCGUGGGACUCGCCCGACAAGGACUGCGAGGUGCUGUUCGAGACGGAUCUACCAUCGACGGUGCGAAGGCUGCGCCUGGGAAGGACGCUACCACCAUGGUCGCGCGAGGCGCGGAGUCGGCACGGCGGCAAGCGGUUCGGGCUGCUAGCCGCGUCGGCGGGCGACGGCGAGGUGCUGGGGAUGGGUAUCGACGGGUCGCUGCAGCACUUCACGCUGCUGGACUUCGGGGCCUGGCGGUUCCUGCGGUUCCUGCAGAACGUGUCGGAGACGUCGGCGGAGCUGUACCCGUUCACGUACAUGCAGUUCGAGUCGGCCGAGGACGAGGAGGCGUUCGACCCGCGGCCGUCGGCGACGGACCGCGACACGCUCGAGCGCCAGGUGGACGGCGACCUGAUGCAGCGCAUCCUGGACCGGCGGGCGCUCGAGGGCCUCGUAUGGUCCAGGCGCGAGUGGGCCGGGUACUUUAUGGAGUACCUGGACGGAGUGGACGGCGGGAGGUGGACGGGGUUCGAGGGCGUGGUGGGCGAGGAGGAGAGGAGCAGGGCGUACGUCCGGCUGGCUUAUGAGAUACUGGAGUUCUUCCUCGUGCCGAUUAUCUAA